AUGGUACAACUAUCGGGCAGGAAACUAAACAAAUCGAGAACAUUAGGUAUAGUGGGCGCAACAGUGGCAGUGUUGGCCACAUCAUACUAUAUAUAUCAAAAACUGACGAGCACAAACGGUGAUGGUGAUACAAGACUUUCAAAGGAUGACGUUACGGAAGAAAAUAAGAAGGCAAGGAAGAGUAAAUGUAUCAUAAUGAGUAAAUCGAUUCAAAGACUGACCAUAAAUUGGAAUGAAUAUGCCAAUGACGACCUCGUUUUGCUGGUUCCUAUGAGUCAGACUAAUGGAUCAUUGAAACAACAAAUCGAGGAUAUCUUCCAGAAAUCAGGAAACGAACACAAAAUCAUAUACUGCGAUACUAUGGAUGGAUUAUGGUCGUGCGUAAGAAGAAUAGGCAAGUUUCAUUGCAUACUAAAUUCGAAGGACUUUACAGGUAGUGAUAAUAACAAUACAGUGGUAAUUCCUGAUGAUAUUGGCAGGUUUGCCAAACUUAUUGUUGACAGCGAUAUAGAAAGUAUGCUGGUCGACGCGAUAUGCAAUUAA